AACUUCUGUAAGAGACUGAUAGUUGAAAGGCCACUCAGCCGUCUCCCUUCGGGAGUUGGCUUCGUGACCCUGUGCCGGGCCGUGAAAUAUGCAUCUACAGUGGUACAUUGGAGGAAUGCUUACUUACCGACUGCGAUGAAACUGGAUGUCUCAUCCUCACCUGUUUACUGGCUCAGGUUACUUUCGGGUGGUACUACUUGACUAUGCCCAUGGCUCCCGAGUGGCCACUCUCCGACUCCGACUCGUGGG